AUGUCAGUCCAGGAUGCAAAAAUGGCUGCCAAUUUGGGUAUCACAGGAAUUGUGGUCUCGAACCAUAGGGGGAUGAUAGCAGGACGGUGGACCCAUCGAGAUUGCCUUGUCAAUAUAGUUGAGGCUGUUGGAGAUGAAAUUGAUAUCCUCUUUGAUUCAGGUAUCCGUUACGGCUCUGAUAUUGCCAAGGCGAUGGCUAUUGGCGCUAAAAUGGUAUUGAUUGGUAGACUGUAUAUUUAUGGCUUGGUGCUCGGUGAAGAAGAGUGUGUGGGCCAUGUUCUAUGCUACUUUCUGGGAGAUUUGACGAUGAAUUUACACCUCGCUGGGAUACCAUCGGUAUCGCAAGAGGAUUUGAAAACAGAAUGCCUCAAAUAUGGCGGCUUAUAUGUCCUAGAUAGCUAUUGUAUAGGUUGUUUUUCCUCUACCGCAUUCGGCUUCAUAAUUUAA